AUUUUUUAAAAAGUAUAUUAAUAAAAAUCUUUAUCUAGAUUAUAUCAGGCUUUUUAAGAGCUUUAUAAAUAUAUUUAUUUUUUUUAUAUCUAAAAAAAAUAACAGCCUACGUCUCUGUGUAGAUUAUGAAGAACUUAAUAAGAUUUUUAUUAAGAAUUAUUAUUUUUUAUCUUUUAUUUUAAAGAUAUUGUUGGCUGGAAACCAGGAAUCCUUACUAACUAAAAUAAUCAUCUCUUAA